GGUCGGCGUGAUCGAAGCAGAAGCAAGAGUGUGUGGCGCGGCAACGCAACUGCGCACGCCUACAAGUCAUAACCAACAACAAGAAACACUGAAAUAGUCGCUGAGCUGAAAUUGCAUUAGGGUUGUUAUUUGACUGUAAAUAGAAUUUUGAUUAUGCUGCGUAGUACAAUAAAUUCGGAUAAACUCAUUGAAGAAGUUCAAAAACGGCCGGCUUUGUACGACUUCAAAGCGACCGGAAACAACGACUCUAACGCUAGAAGAGCGCAUUGGGAGGAAAUCGCCAAAGAACUGUUUCUCGAACUGUGGGCAACUUCCACGGCUACGGAAAAAGAAGCUUUAGUAAAAGAAGUACAAGCAAAAUGGAAAAACCUGCGUGACGCUUACAUCCGCGUCCGAAAACAAGAAAAAGACGAGCAAAUGAAAGGCAUAGUAAAAAGCCGAAAAAAAUACAUCUUCUACGAUAAACUUUCAUUUCUUGAGUUGACAACUAGGGGAGCACAAAGUGCAAACGUGAUUUUUCUAGAAGAACACGAGGAGAAAAACGACGACAGUAUGGAAAGCAUAAACUUAAAUACUUGCAAAACGCACCAAGAAAUAGACAAUUCCGACCACUUAUUGAAUAUCCUACAGGAACUGGUGAAAAUGCAGAAAGAAGAUCGAGUCAAUGAUAGAAUGGGAAAUAAGAAGUUUCUUCUGUCACUUUUGCCGUUUAUGGAAAAGUUACCAGACGAUGUUAACUUAGAAGUACGACUUCAAUUGAUGAGCAUUCUGCAGACUUAUACCAAUGGGGAAAGUUUUAUGAAAGCAUAAGAAAGCAUUCACAAAAUGCUAUGUUUUAAUUAUUGUAAGACACUUAAUUAACCAUUAUUUUUUUACUGUUAAUAACGGCUUUCAGUUACAAAAUAAACGUUUUC